GCGCGGCCAUGGCGGAGUUCCGUGCGCUCGGGCUGGCGCCGUGGCUGGCGGAGCAGGCCCGGCAGGUGGGGCUGCUCCGGCCCACGCCCGUGCAGGCCGCCUGCAUCCCGGCCGUGCUGCAGGGCCGGGACUGCCUGGGCUGUGCCCAGACGGGCAGCGGGAAGACGGCGGCGUUCGUGCUGCCGGUGCUGCACGUGCUGGCCCAGGACCCGUACGGCAUCUUCUGCCUCGUGCUCACCCCCACCCGGGAGCUGGCGUACCAGAUCGCAGAGCAGUUCCGGGUGCUGGGCAAACCCCUGGGGCUCAAGGACUGCGUGGUGGUGGGGGGGCUCGACAUGGUGUCGCAGGCCCUGGCCCUGUCCCGCAGGCCCCACGUGGUCGUGGCCACCCCGGGGCGCCUGGCUGACCACCUGCGCAGCUCCAGCACCUUCAGCCUCAGCAAGCUGCAGUUCCUGGUUCUGGACGAGGCUGACCGCCUGCUGGAGCAGGGCAGCGCCGAUUUCAGCGCCGACCUGGAGCUGAUCCUGGGCGCGGUGCCCGCGCGCCGCCAGACGCUGCUGUUCAGUGCCACCCUGACGGGCACCCUGUGCCAGCUGCGGGGCCUGGCUGCCAACAGCCCCUUCUUCUGGGAGGCCUCGGCCCCGGUGAGGACAGUGGAGGGGCUGGAGCAGAGGUACCUGCUGGUGCCCGAGGCGCUCAAGGACGCCUACCUGGUGCACCUGGUGCAGAGCUUCCAGGACCAGCACGACGACUGGGCCAUCAUCAUCUUCACCAAGACCUGCAAGGAGUGCCAGGUGCUGAACAUGAUGCUGCGGAGGUUCAGCUUCCCCUCGGUGGCGCUGCACUCCAUGCUGAAGCAGAAACAGAGAUUUGCUGCUCUGGCCAAGUUCAAGUCCAGCAUCUUCAGGAUCCUCAUUGCCACAGACGUGGCUGCCAGAGGUUUGGACAUCCCAGCAGUGCAGGUUGUCAUCAACCACAACACCCCGGGGCUGCCCAAGAUCUACAUCCACCGCGUGGGACGCACGGCCCGGGCAGGGAGGAAGGGCAUGGCCAUCACCCUGGUGACACAGUAUGACAUCCACCUGGUGCACGCCAUCGAGGAGGAGAUCAAGCUGCAGCUGCCCGAGUACUCGGUGGAGGAGCAGCAGGUGCUGGACAUCCUGACCCAAGUGAACGUCACCAGGAGGGAGUGUGAGAUCGAGCUGGAGGGGAUGGAUUUUGAUGAGAAGAAGGAGAUCAAUAAGAGGAAACAGAUGAUCCUGGAGGGGAAGGACCCCGAGCGCGAGGCCCGGCGCAGGGCGGAGCUGUCGCGGAUCCGGAGCAGGAACAGGGAGUGCCGGCAGAAGCUGCAGCAGAGCCUGCACAGGAGGAGGCAGCUGCAGCUGCGCAGGAAACUGCACAGGAGCAUGGAGAGGAGGAGGAGGAAGAUGGAGAAGGAGAAGGAGGAAAAGGAGGAGCAGUGACGCGGCUGGGCCCGGCCCGGAGUGCCCUGGAAUUGCUGCAGCUUUGGGAAAAUUGGGACUGAACUCUUGAAUGUGGGAAAAAAACAAUGCUGGGGAGGAGGGAAGAAUCCCAGAACCAUUGGGAUUGGGAUUGGGUUGGGAGGAGCCCAGGGCUCACCCAGUCCCAGCCUGGCCUUGGACAUUCCGGGGAUCCAGGGCAGCCUCAGCUCCUCUGGGAAUUCCAGCCAGGAAUUCCAGCCCAAAUCCCACCCAGAUUCCCCUUUCCAGUGUAAAUCCAUUCCCUGUGCCGUGUUCCUCCAUCCCAGAUCCAUUCCCUGUGCCCUGAAAUUCCCAGAUCCAUUCCCUGCGCCCUGGGAUCCCAUCCCAAAUCCCAGAUCCAUUCCCUGUGCCCUGGAAUUCCCUAAUCCCAGAUCCAUUCCCUGCCUCCUGGAAUUCCCAAAUCCCAAAUCCCAGAUCCAUUCCCUGGCUCCUGGAAUUCCCAAAUCCCAGAUCCAUUCCCUGGCUCCUGGAAUUCCCAGAUCCAUUCCCUGCGCCCUGGGAUCCCAUCCCAAAUCCCAGAUCCAUUCCCUGUGCCCUGGAAUUCCCAAAUCCCAGAUCCAUUCCCUGGCUCCCGUCCCUCCCUCCCUCAUCCCAAACCCUCUCCAGCUCCUUUGGAGCCCCUUCCCCCUCCAGGUUCUCCUUGGAUCCCCCUUUGUGCUCAGGGGGAGCUCCAAGAGCUUUUCCCUGCUCCUCCCACUCUCCCGUGUGAUUAAUUUAUCCCGUUAUUAACGCUCUGGCUGCCUCUGAAUAAUUAAAAUCCUCAUUUGUGAGGCCUCAGCCAGGAGGGCGCUGGGAUGGAGCUGCUGCCAGACACAAAAAUAAUGCACAAAAAUAAUGCACAAAACGGUGCAGCCAGACACAAAAUGCACAAAAUAUUGCUGCCAGACACAAAACUGCAGCUUUGUCACCUCUGCAGCACAGGAUUUUCCCCUUUGGAAGCACAAAAAUAAGGAAUUAAUCAGGGUAAUGAGGUUAAUAAGGAAUUAAUCAGGGCCGCAGAGGGCUCAGAGGGAGGUGUUGGUGCCCCUGCUCUGAAACACAACCAAAAAAUGAAUAAAAUCCUCUGGAAAUGGCUGGAAUUGGAACCAAAAUCCUGUGGAACUGGGGCUCUGGAGCAGCCCAGGGAAGGUGAGGGAAUUGCUGGUGAUAAAUUGGAUUUAAUCAGUGGGGAAGGAGGGAACCCAGACCCAUCCAUCACAGCCUGAGCUGCUCCACAGGGAUUUCCAGAAGGUUCUGGCCAGGAUCAGAGUGGCUCCAGCCCAGGGAGGGACACUGGGCUGGCCCUGCCUCGAGGACAGCCCCAAACCUGCUGGGAAAAUGGGUUUUUGUGCAUUUUUGGGUCAAUUUUGUGCAUUUUUUUGGGUCAAUUUUGUGCAUUUUUGUGUCAAUUUUCUACAUUUUUGUGUCAGUUUGCAAUGGAAUCAGCAAAUGCUGAUUGGAUCUGCUGUGUCCAAAACAGACACAAAGAAAGGUUUUGGAACUUUCUGACCGAAAAAACCCAAAUAUAAAGCAUUGAAAUAAAAGAAAUAGAGUUGAGUAAAG